CUUUUGUUAAUUCUAAAGAAAUAUGCAGAUGUAAAUACAAUUGGAAUCCUUAUCAAGAUUGUUGUUAUAGAGAACUUGAAGAAAUAAAAGAAAACAAAUUUUCAGAUUUGGAAUUAUAUCAAAUGAUGUUGUUUAGU